CGGGCGCGUGGCUGCUGCGGCGCGAUGAGUGGGGCGCGGGCGGCGCCGGGGGCAGCGGGCGAGGGCGCGGCCCGGGGGCUGCGCGUGGACGGGCUGCCCCCGCUGCCCAAGAGCCUGAGCGGGCUGCUGCACUCGGCGUCGGGCGGCGGCGCGGCCGGGGGCUGGCGGCACCUGGAGCGGCUGUACGCGCAGAAGUCGCGCAUCCAGGACGAGCUGAGCCGCGGGGGCGCGGGCGGCGGCGGGGGCCGGGCCGCGGCGGGGCCCGCCAAGCCCCCCAACCUGGACGCCGCGCUGGCGCUGCUCCGCAAGGAGAUGGUUGGCCUCCGCCAGCUGGACAUGUCCUUGCUCUGCCAACUGUACAGCCUCUACGAGUCCAUCCAGGAGUACAAGGGCGCGUGCCAGGCAGCCUCCAGCCCGGACUGCACCUACUCUCUGGAGAAUGGCUUCUUCGACGAGGACGACGAGUAUUUCCAGGAGCAGAGCUCCCUCCACGACGGGAGGGACCCUCCCCGGGGCUUGUCACUGCCUGUCUCCUCGCUGUCCAGCAGCGACUGGAUUCUGGAGUCCAUCUAGGGGGCCUCGGGAGGGCCUCGAGGGUGGGGUAUGCCCUUCCUACGGGAGACACUGCCAGCGUUCGCUUCUCCUCUGCUCCCCCAUUGUGGACGGUCCUCAGGCAGGUGGCACCAACGCUGCCAGUUCAAUUUGUAGGAGGGAGUUCUCCAUUGACACGGAGAACUGGUGGCAGUUUUUGUCUUUGAUGGCCACAGUUUCUACUUAGGUGACUUGGCGGUGCUCAGCAGCGUCCUUCACACUCUUACACUGGGCCGCAGCUGCUGGGGGUUCAUGACGAAAGGCAGCAGGAGGAUCUCCGAGAAGGACCCUAGUGGGUGUUUUGUACGAGGCGACUCGUGGCCAGUGACUUCCUUACAGGUGGUAGAUUAUCUGCACCUCUCCGUUUUAGGGUUGCUGCUUCCAGUUUGCCAUGUGUUAAAACUGACGUUCCACUGCUUCCCUUCGUCGAGACGGUCUGCAGCUUUUCUUCUAUUUAUGAGCUUUUAAAUUUUAAGCCUCUUGGUUCAGCUUUAUUUAUUUAUAAGCUGCAUUAUUAACUAUCCAGGUGAGGUGGUGAAAGCUUUUUAUUGAAAAAGUCAACAUUUCUGGUCACACCAACCAACUGCUUUCUCUCAACCUACCCAAAAUUUAUAUCAUUCUGUGUCCAUCAGAUAUUGGAGGAAGGCAGAUCAUACAAACAUAUGUGGAGUGGGAAAAAAAAACUGGGCAAGCUCACGUUUUGUUUCCUCACUGUAAUGACAAAUGUUUUUGUUGUUUUCUGAAUGUAAACUAGUAUGUUAGAAGGCAAACCACCCUCCACUCAAAACACCGAUUACCUUAAGCCUUAAUAUAUUUAUUAAAAUACUUUAUGAAAACCUUACACUUUGUAGGUUAAAAAUGAGGAUAAAAUGCUAAACUAUCUGUGGUUGUGUGUUAUUUUGUUCUGAAUUCACUAUCGUCAAUUCUACAACUUGAAUGCAUUGAGUCCAGUCAAACAAAUACUGAAAGAAAAUUGCAGUUUGUUCUCCUGCCAUUGAGUGCUUUUGAAAGGAACUUGACAGUUGAGCUUAAGGAAUUGUUUAGUGGUGGGAGGUCACCGUUUACAGCUGGAUCUCAGUGCUGUGCUGCCUUUGAAUACUCCACACUCGUUCCACCUGUUCUUCCUCUUGGUGCCUGAGAGUUGCUCGUGAGAGCCUCUUUCAGGCCAGGGAAGGGAAGCAUACCUCAACGUUGUGCUCCUGCAGGUGUUAGCCUGCUGUGUAUACCCCUGGUGCACCUGCGGGUGUUAGCCUGCUGUGUAUACCCCUUGUGCACCUGCGGGUGUUAGCCUGCUGUGUAUACCCCUUGUGCACCUGCGGGUGUUAGCCUGCUG